AUGGCACAGCCUAACACCCAGGCUCCAAGGCUCCACACCCAACCACCAACCGUUGAUUUCAUCGACACCCGUCUUUCCAAGUAUCAUCCAGCGUUUAACGACCCUACUCUGCGAUACGAUCCUUCAUCCGCGCAAUACGUUCCAGCCCUGCAGCACAACAAGAUAGAAGGAGUGAAGCCAGCAGGGCCACCUGCGGAAGUCGUAAUGAAGUUUUGGGAUCACAUUUUCCCCAAGGCCAUGGAUAAGCUCAAGUUUUCCAUGGCCACCAAGGAGGCCAAGGGUCGCCUAGAAGAGUAUAGUAUUCGAAACAAGGCGAGCUGGGACGCUGUCUAUGGCACGCUCGAGGUUGCUCGAAUGCAAUACACCUCGAAAACCGGAAUUGGCGGUGCUUUGAGAAAGGUCUGGCGCAAGGCUGCUGACCACAUCCAGCCGGCGAUUGAGACAACCAAGUUGGCAAAUGAGGUAGUCAAAUAUAUCCCACAAGCAAACGCGGUCACGCCCGUUUUUGGAAUCGUGGAGGUUCUUCUGGAUGCCGUCAAGACCGCUGCCGCAGUCCGAAAACAAAUCCUCGCCGGAUUCGAAGACCUCGAUCCUAUCUUCUCAGACGUUGAGUUAUUCCUCAGUACCUUCCCGAAUGCCUCCAACAUAACAAGCAGCUCCAUCGACCUGAUCGCCACGGUCUUCCUGGCGGUGGAGUGUGGGAUUGGAUUUUUCAUCGGAUCUACUUUCAUCCGAGGGCUUUCUGCAACCUUCAAUAAGGCGGAAUACGAAAAGCCUCUGCUAGAUAGCCUUCAGAUGAUCACCGACAAGAGCAAACAGGUCGAAGCUCAUUAUUCCCAAAACAACAAUACUCAAGUGGCAAUGAACUCUGUCCUAGCUGUACUGACUGAUCAAUAUGUCCGUGAACGGCAAGCAAACUUGCUCAUAACGCAAGAAAACUCCUCUCUCAAGGUUGAAGUGGAGAUUUUGCGUGCCGCUUCACCCCAACCAGCAUCGCAAACCUCAGCUGUCAACGAGGAUGGACUCCUCAGUCUACUUGACAUUCCCAACAUCGACUUAGCCGAUCUCGAACGCAUUGAAAAACGAGGACAGCUACUCUCUAUGCAGGAGCGCGGACGCGCCGAGCAGAUCGUACACAACCAGAAAUUCCAGACCUGGCUCGUUUCGCCGACCUCGACGAUGCUCCUGACCCACGGAAACUUCCACGGUCUGCAGGACACUUCUGCAUUAUCGCUAUUUUGCGUAACGCUCAUUCGUGCUUUCCGGGCCAGGCCGCGCUUCGUGACGCUCGUGUGGUUUUGCGGUCUCCACCUGAGCGUGAAUGACUCUGACGCUGACUCAGAAGAUUAUAGCGACGAAGAGUGCGGACUAAGUAUGAUGGAGCAGAUGCUAAAGAGCUUAGUUGUACAGCUACUCUGCCAAUAUUCCUUUAACACACAGUACUUGCCUUCCGAGAUUGAGCUUGCGGGCGUCCAGGACGGUGACCUCGAACAACUGUUCCCGCUAUUUGAAUGGCUAGUGCACCAGCUCCCUGAAAACAUUACACUUUUCUGCCUUAUUGACGGCAUCGCCUAUUACGAGCGCGAGGAAUUCGAAGAUCCCAUGUUGGAAGUGCUGGCAGGCAUCCUCAGACUCACGGUUGCCAGCAGUAUUCGGGCGGUCGUAAAAGUUCUCGUCACCAGUCCCUGGGGUACUGACACUGUACGAGCGGCGUUUGAGGCUGAGGAUAAGGAAGACGAGGAAGAUCUAAUUCUUUCCAUGGCUGGACAGUCUCGGCUGGGAUGGAUACCGAGUAAGGCUCGUCUUGAGAGGGAGUUGGGAAGUGGGUUUGAGGAGGUUUCUCAUAAAGCAACGGAGGACUAA